GCCAUUUUGGAUACGCGAAAAGGAGAUCAACAAUUUCCUUCAAGUUAAAAAUCUGUCGCCAUCCGUCCUAGGAAGACGAUCUUUAAGGAAUUUAUUUGUUCCGAAGUUAUAUCCCACUCGAACGGACCGGUAUUAAACGGACCGUUCACAGGGUAGGAGGAGCAAAAAACCGUCAAUGACCUCUCCGGCACAAUGUCCGCACUCUCGGGGAUAGGCAGUAAGGGGGAGAAGCCUAAGAAUAAAUACCAGGCAUUCAACAUAAAUAACAUUUAUAAAGGGAAGACUGUCGAGACUCAGAAAAGUACAGUUGCUCGUCAACAUGGGUUACAAAGCUUGGGCAAAGUCUCCAGCACCCGGCGCAUGCCGCCUCCUGCUAAUUUACCAAGUUUGAAAAGUGAGAACCUUGGAAACGACCCGAACGUUAAUCUAGUACCGACCGGUGGAUCAGGAUGGGGCACACAAGGGAAGGAGAGGACACCGGAGACUGGAGGUCCUCCGCCGCCACAGUCGCAGCCCUCGCAGGCUACACCACAAUCACAGGGGCAAACAACACAAGUUACACAGAAACCACUAACAACAGCUGGGGGCAUUCAGAACAAUUCUACAGCAACCACGGCCGCCACGCCGACUUCGAACACUGCUGGGGCAAUAAGCAGUACCGGUGUCAGUGCGGGGGCAACCACUCCAAGCUCUGGGGCAAAAUCAUGGAGCAGCGUCACUAUGGGGGAACCGGCACAAACAAGCUUUGUGGGGCAUCAGUCGCCUUACUUUCACGAGGAAUUUCCCUCGCUAGCUUCUGGUGGUGGCGAAGAAAAGACCCAAACAGUCGUAAAGAAACCAGUAGUCGAGGAGAAGGAUUCACAAUAUGGCCCAGGACCAAGUUUAAGGCCACAAAAUGUUGCAAGCUGGAGAGAAGGUGGAGGAAGAGGUGCUAUGCUGCAGCAGCAACAGCAGCAAACGCAGCAGCAGCCAUCGACGGACGAGGCGGCACGCCAGACCAAUGGCACCCCGCCGUCCGGUGGGCCCGAACCAGCACAAUCUCUGCAGCAGCCACACCCACCUAGACCGGGACAAGGACCACCGCCACCCAUGGGGCCGAUGGGACCUAUCCCGCCACAGUUCAGGGGCAUGAUUCCUCCUCAUUAUAUGUAUCGUGGCUUUGCUCCACCUGGACCUGGUGGCUUCCCGCCAAACUAUCCCGGCAUGCCAAGACCACCAUUUCCAUACCCAGACGGCCGAUACCGAGGUCCACUGCCUCCGCAACAGCAACGACAACAACAGCAACAACUGGAGCCACGGGAAGGUGAUGAUGCGUUUAAACGGCCGGCAAUCGUUAAGGACCAAGAUCUGAAGGAGUUUGAUGACCUACAAAAGAAUGCAGAUGGAGGCUGGGCAGGUGUCCAGGGAGAAAUCGAUUAUAAUGAGAAGCUCGUGUUCAGUGAUGAUGAGGAUGGCGUGCCUGGCGAGAGACGAGAAAAGAGAGACAGAGGAGAUAGGGGAGAGAGAGAUAACCAUGAACGAACAAAACGUGACCGUGAUAGGGACAGAACUCGAGGAGACAGAGAUCUUGAACGGCAGCGCGGAGAGCGGGAUCACGGACGACCACGCAGUGACCGUGAUCGAGAUCAUGAGCGACUGCGUGGUGACCAAGAUCGAGACCGUGUCGAUCGUGAUAGGGAAAAGGACAGAGACCGGGACCAGGAGCGUGAUCGUGAUAUCAAGGAUGGGGAGAAAGACGGGAAGGACGAAGAUCGGGAUCAUGGUGAAGAGAGACGUCGUGAUUCAAGGUCUAGGUCUUCAGAAGAGCGACCACCAUUUGAUAGGCGGGAUGAUCACGGACCACCAAUGCCAAGAGAAGGCUGGCCGCAGGGUCAACCCCCACCACAUAUGUACAGAGGUCCGCCAAUGGGAAUGGACGGUCAGAGGCAAUGGCAGCCCCGUAUGCCAUUUGACCACAGAGGGCCUCCUCAGGGGCCAUAUCCCUACCCUCCACACAUGGGUCCACCUGGCCCACCAGGGACACACCCUCAACGACCUCCAGGACCACCUCCGCCACAGAUGCAACCAGCACCACCGGUUGGUGCACAUCCACAAGGCCCACCACCAGUGCAACGCAGUACUAGUGGGGAAGGUCGCAAAUCAGAGUCGGAUGAUGACGACAUGUGGCGUCACCGUCGUCGCAUGCAGUCUGAAGAGAUGAGUGCUGCCGUGGAGCGAGCACGACAGAGACGAGAAGAAGAGGAGAAAAGGAUGGAGCAAGAGAGACGAAAUGCAGCAAAUGAGAAGCUGAGGAAAUUGGAGGAGAAGUUGGGGAGUACGCCUCCCAAGAAGGAUGCGAGUGAGAAGGAAUCUGAUGAAGGCGAGAGAAGUCGCACUACGAGUGAGAGCAGUGUCGGUGAGAAAGCCUCACGUGAGAAGGAGUUCCGUGAGCGUGGUGGAGAUCGGGAAAGGGAGCGUGGAGGAAGUGAUAGGGAACGUGCUGGUAGUGACCGGGAACGUUCAGGCAGUGAUCGGGAACGUGGAGAGCGUGCUGAACGAGGUGACCGAGAACGGGGUGGCGAGCGCCCACCACAGGCAACGUUCUCGCGCCAGUUUGCCAAAAAUGUUCCACCAAGAUUCCAGAAGCAAGCACAGGAGCAGAUGAUGAGAGCAGCUGCACAGGCUCAGGCUGGACCACCUCAUUCACAGGGGCAGCCAACAUCCCCACAGCCACAGCCAGGGAUGAGGGCAGGACAACCACCACCAAUGUGGGGAUAUGAUCCCAGGACAUGGGCUGGUAUGGCACCCCAUCCUCACUUCAUGGGAAUGCCUGGUGGACCAGGUAGGCCACCCUUGGACAUGCAAGGCAUGCCAAUGCAUCCGCCACCGAUGAGACGGCCAAGAAAUGAUAGUCACAACUCUGAUCACGACGGAGAACGUCGCACGCCUGAAGUGAUGUACGAACGUGGCUUCUACCCAGCGCCACCCGGUCCAUAUGACGAGCAGAUGAGGCGAGGACCCCCACCACCUCACUACUUUGAUCAGAGGUACCCACAAGAGUUUGAACGAAGGGAGUUCAAUGACAGGGAUUAUGACCGCUAUGGCAACUAUCCUGGUUAUGGUGAACGAGAGCGGGGAGAUGGUGAUGAAACGGAGCGCCAGUCUCCAAGGGACGCUACCCGCCUUAAGGAUGACCGACCUCUGAGGGACAGUAGAUCUCCACGAGACCGCAGUGAUAGCGAGAGGAGUGUUGGAUCACCACGUGAUUCAGGUCGUCAUGAGAGUCGCUCGCCAAGAGAAAAGAGGGAUUAUGAACCCAAACGACCGCCGCCUGUCCAGAAAGAUCCAUUUGAUGACGCGCAGCAGGAUCGAGACAGAGGAGAGAAGGAUGUUCAUCGGGAGUUGCACUUUGAACGUGAACGAGAGGAGAAGUCCGCAGAGAAGGAAGUCAAGAAAGGAAGGGAUCAUUCCCCACCUCCACGACAAGAGAAAGACAAAGAUGAUCUGUUAGAUCACCAUGAUAAGAGUUUUGAUGAUGAUGUAUCUCCAUCGCUAGAGACCCAUUGGAGGCAGCCUGAUAUGCGUGGUCACAGAGAUCAUGGUCACGGCCGUGGAAAACGCCGAGGGGAAUGGCACAAUGCUCCACCCCCAAUUGCGCACCAACAGUCGCAGCAGAAUGUGCCAAACCGUUCAAACUAUACCUCGCUGAAAAGAAGUGCCUCAAACCUCUCAACAGGUUCAGGGUCAAAUGAUCGUAAAACUGACUCGCCAAAAGACAACGUACCUUCACCCACGAGUAGCGUGGAGAAAGGACCCUGGGGAAACCCACAUAAGCCCAGCGUACAGAAGGAAAGCAAGGAUUCGCUGAGGGAGGGCCGCAGUCGGGACAGCCCAAAGCCACAGUUGGUUGAAAAGAUUGGAAAAUCUUCUGAAAGCAAAGAGGAGGAUAAAGAAAACAAACCUGCUGUAAAGGAUGCUUGGAAAGACAUCAGGGACAGCCAAGAGAAGCCGGUCUCACUGGCCGAAAUUACUGCUGAGGAGCAAGAAGUUGAAAGAAGGAAGGCUGAAAAAAUGGAAGAGCGCCGCAAGGAGAAGGAAGAAAAGAAGGAAAGAAAGGAGGAGCGAUACCAUACUCGUGAUGAUCGUCCACCGCAGAAGCGUUUCCGUGAGGAUGAUAAACGUGGAAAGCGUGAGGACUACCAACGCAUACCACCUCGUAGGAGAGGUGAGCGGGGUGGUAGCACUGGGAAUAUGUACGAUAGGGAACGGUCACGAAGUGCAAGAGGUCGAGGCGGAAGAGAAUUUGUACGGGGAGGACCGUCGCGAGGUCGUCCUGGUUUUGAUAACUUUAGGGGACGGCCUGAUCGUGGUGGUCCAGGGGGACGAGGUCGUGUGUUCCAGCAAUCAUACGAACGUUCGCCAAGAUUCAAUCAUGAUAAGCGUGGCGACUCGAAGGAUGAUGAGGACCGGAAUGAUUUCAGUGAGCAACCACCACCACCACUGCCACCACCAAAACACGACGAUGAAGACUUCUCGACUGGGGACGAUGCGAGUGCAUCUGUUAGUGAGAGUUCAGGUGAAAGGACAUCAGAAGCCAGAGAACUGCCAAAAAAACCUAAUGCUUGGAAAGAAGAACCUAGGGAAAAACCACAGGAGAAACCCAGAGAUAAGGAUGGGAAUCACCAAGAAGACCGAGCACCGAUGAAACCUCAGGAAAAUCGUGAUCAUGAUCGUGAUAAUCGUGAUCAGCGCGGUGAGCGACGAGGCUCUUCAAGAGAUCAACGAGAUAAGCGAGAUUAUCGACGAGACCGAGAUGAUCGUAACAAAGACUUCAGGAUGAAUGACCGCGAUCGAGGUGGCUGGGAUCACCGUAAUAACGAUAUGAUGCCACCAAGAGGAGAUCCAUCUUUGAGAGGACGAGGUCGAGGUGGUAAUUCCUACUCCCGAGGUCGCGGUGGGCGCAACUUCUCUGCCCCACCCAGGCAACAGAUGAAUGACAGAGAUAGUGGUCGAGACAAAAGCAGAGGAUAUGAUCACAAAACAGAGGAAAACUUCCACAGAAACGAUUUCAAAGACGAAAACAAACAGUUUCAAAAAAACGAGUAUAAACGGCCAGAGCGUAAUCAACCACCUAGAUUCGCCCGUAGUGCCAGCAGUGGCUCUGGUCGUGGAGGUUUCAACGAGCGCGGGCGAUUUCAAGACCACCGUCGAGGUGGGCGCGGCCGAGGAAGAGGCGUGCCACCAGGUGGUCCAAUAGGGAACCGGGGAGGCCGUAAACCACAACUGACGAAACAGAAUUCGUCAGAUCAUGGAAAUGAGGAGUGGGAAACAGCGUCAGAAAGCAGUGAUGUCUUGGAGAAAAAGGACAAGGAAAAUGAUAAGAAGGACCAUGAUGACAAAAGAGAUGGUGGGGGGAGUAAAAAAGGUUUCUCAAACCAGCGUUCAUCCAGCGAUAAGCCGGGGUUUCGUGGCUCCCGCGACAGUAAGAGAUCAAGCAGUGAUAAACGAAGCAAGGAAAGAAGUCCCAAUACUAAUAAGAGCAAUGGCACUGGUGGUCUACGUCCUGGCGGUCCUGGUUCGAGAAGUAACCGAGCUGCUUCCAACUCGAGUAAAAAAGAGAAUGUGAAUACGGUGUACCGUGUCAACGAUUUUGUCCCAAAUGAUCCAGCUGCUAUUCAGAAUGCUGUGAAUAGUGUGGCUGCAAAAAACAAGGUGAAUACGAAGAAAAAUUCUGAGCUAUCCGAUGUGUCAAAACCAUUGAAGAAUGAAAAGGAGAAGAAGACAGAUGCCUUGGCUAACAUCGAUAUCAAUAAUAUUGCAAGUGUGGUUGUGAUUGACGAUCAGUUGGAGUGUUCCAUUGAUGACCCAGCGUUCCUGUAUGAGACGAAUGAAGGCUUUCAGGAGGUCGUAUCAAAGAAGGCCAUGAAGAGUAAACAGAAGGCUGCACAGGAGGCUGAGGUCAAGAAACAACUUGAGCAGAAGAAGAAGGAGAAGGAUGGGGUCAAGAAGACCAAGAGCAGUAAAUCGAAGGGUUCUGAGAAGUCUCGUUUGAGUAAUCUGCCACCACGUCUGGCCAAACAACGUGAGCAAGAGAAGAAAGAGCGGGAACAACAGAAAAUGAUGAUGCCCAAGAUUGAGUGCUGGGAUAAUGAGAUGGCUAAUAAUAUACCUCUCAUUCCUCCUUCAGAACAUAUCCAGCAGUUAGAAAACCUUGUCCAGUCUGGGAUCUCAUCAGCCGUACCUAUCCCAGCUCCCGUUCCUCAAGUUAAUGCGUGGGAGAAGCCUAUCACCUUCAAUAGUGGCAUGAACCCCAUGCAAGGAGAUGUCAAGUUUGACAAGGGAGACCAGCAUGAUAGUGGUAUUGAUGUGAGCGAGACACCAACAUCGCGCACGUCAUCAACUCGUAGCUCACCAAGUGAUGAACCAAAGAAGGAGGAGUCGUUGGCAAAGGUCAGUGAUCAAAUCCGCGAGGAAGAAGAAGAUGAAGUUGAAGACAUGGAAAAUACGGAACCAGAAGAUAAAUCUGAAGAGAUGACACAAACCAUGUUUGAGGCUCCUAAACCUCAGAGGCAGCCUAAGGUCCAGAGGCAAGACAAGGUGAUGAAGGAUACACCAGUUAUGAAGAAGAAACAUGAGAAGGUUGAACCUAUUCAGCUGCCGUUCAAGGAUUUUAUGUUGACCAAGGGUGAAGAUUCCUCUGAUAUCAAACUCGAUUUCACCUUCGAUGCUGAGCUGGCCAAACUGACUGAAGAGAAGAAUGAAGAAAAAUUGGGCAACAUCAAUGAAGACACCAAGAACAUGUCUAUGCAAGCAAACAGCAAUGAGGGCAUGAAUGGUAUCCAGUCGCCCACGUCGCCUGCUGCUGCCGAUCUCAACCUGAAGAUCCAGUCGGUGAAAAACGUCUGGGAGAACAGCUUCUCGGCUGUCUUUGAUGGGAGUAUGACUAGUAGCACCUCUGCCUCUGCAACUGCCGACGCUGAAAAUUUAGACAGCAUCACAUCAACCACUUCAAGCAGUGCUCAAACCUUCAUGAACUUCACCUCCAGCAUGGAAUCAUCCACCAGUAUCUAUGGCAACAUCUCAAACAGCUCUGACGUUACCAACGACAACACCAACACCUCACAGGCGUUGUCAAAUUCACCACAACCUUUCAUGAGUUUUACAAACGGGAUGGAGGUGCCUGCUUCGUCGGAUAAUCAGUCAAAAGCUGUAUCGAUGGUCAGUCUAGAUACGUCUGUUCAGGAUUCAUUGGAGCACCUGACCCCAUCGCCUCGUGGACAUUCACAAGAGCUACAUGCAGAUGCCAACGUGUUUAUUGUCUCUGGUACGGUCCCAAGUACCCUGACGACAUCGACGCCCGCGUUUGUCCCAAAAGCCUCCCAGUCGGAACCCACAAAUGUAUGUAAGGUUAAACCCCAACAACACCAGCACUAUACCUCCUCUCAGACAUCCCAUUUCAACCCAAUGGGCUCGUCAAGCAUGUCCGGUCUCUCCGGCAUGUCGAACAUCUCGAGCAUUGCAGGAAGUAUAGCUGGCAUGUCGAACAUCUCAAGUUUAUCUGGGAUGUCAACCCUGUCAGGAAUGUCAGGUUUGACUACAAUGUCAAGCAUGUCUGGUAUGGGUGUCUCCACUAUCCCGAGCCCUCCGGUUAUGUUGCCUUCGUCACAGUACCAACCAUUCAUGGGGACAUCGCAGCUUAUCACACAAGAAACCAGGUACUCCCAGCCCAACUAUGGCUACUCACUGAACCAGAACACUGCUCCCAUGGGCCAGCCAACCUACACCCAACCAAGCCUGUUCCUGCAGACCGCGCCAGCAGCGCAGUCACAGACCGACCUCUAUCAGCAGUCAUCUCAACUACCCACAUACCGCAGCCAACCAUAUGGGCAGACCCCUCAGAGUACCAUCAUGGUUUCAUCAGCGACAAACUCACUGAUGUCGGCGACGAUCAAACCCCCAAAUCAGACACCAACAUUUGGUAUUUCAAGUGGUGCCCAGAAACCAAGCUCCUUACAGUUCAACCCAACUGUUGGAAACCCGUCGAUGCAGCCAAGCCAAUUGUUUGUGUACGAUGCCAGUCAACUGAUUGGAACCAAUCAGCUCCUUGGAAGCAGCCAGAACCCGAGCCAGAAUGUAGGGAGCUCCCAGGUCAUCGGGUCUCAUCUUGUUCAGCAACAGAGGCCAGUCCAGAAUGUGCAAACAGUUCAGACUCCAACAACAAACUAUUAUCAGCCUCAGCAGCCCCUGCAGCAGACGGGCUUCUACCAGCAAUCCCAACUCCAGGGCGGACUCCAGCAGGUCACAACACCAACCCAGUACAGCAUCCAGAGCUUUGGAACCCAGCCUAGCCUUGGGUUGCAGCUCCAGCAGUCAGGCCAGGGGCUGAAUCUGCAGACGAUUAGCAAGCCUGUGCAGUAUAGACCUGCCCAGCAGGAACAGACAAUGCAGUCUUCUCAGACCAAACAGUACUCGGCCUCACAGUUACGUUCACCCCCUCAGAGCAUGCCACCAUCCAACAACUUCUACCCGACGCCAGGGGCACCAGCUCAGAGUCAAAUGAACAAACAACCCAAGGAACCAGUGAGCGUGACAGUGAAGGCGAGCAUCAGUAAGCCAACCAUUAACAAGCUGCCCUCGCACCACCAGCAGCAGCAGCAGCAGCAGCAGCAGCCUCAGCCGUCUCACUCUCAACCCCAGCAGCCACAAUAUGGCGGGCACAAGAUGAACACUACAAUGGUGGGACAUCCGAUGCAGCCUGGUCCAGUAAUGAGGCCGACUCUGAUGAUGCAGAAUAUGAUGAGUGCCCCUCGGGCCACUCACCAGUCCCGCUUCCCUCCACCAGGCCAGACGGUACAGCAGCAACAGCAAGCUCUUAACCAGCCUCUGCAACAGUCAAACAUGCAGACCAUCAUGAUGCCUCGCCAUCAGACUCAGAGAUCUGCUGCCGUGACAAUAAAAGCUCCUCCAUCAACUACUCCUUCUAGCAGCAGUUCAUCAUCUGGUCCUAGUGCUGCAUUCCGGGCUGCACAGGCUAAGCAACGGGCUGAAUUACUCGCACAUGCAAAGGGUUUCUUGAACCCUGAGAACAAGGAGAAAGCAAGCCAGGAAGUUAAAUCUAACGGAACCUUGGCCGAUUCGAAAUCGGACGAAUCAAUUGAAAAGGGCGAGGAUGGGAAGUAGAUAGAAAUAAGAGUCGAUGAUAAUUUGGUGAUCAACUUGGGAUAUGAAUGGUUAGCAGCCUGUCUUUGUGACUUUGCGACAAACAGCCCUGAAACUUACAGAUUUGAGCAAUUCGAUAGGAUGCUUUUAAUGAUUUGGCAAAGAGAACUUGUCAGGUUGAAAAACUUUUAAGAUGCUGAAAUGGCAGAAGUUAGAAGCCUAUGUUUCUGUAAACUGACUGGUCUCAACGUUUUUACCAUGAGAAGAAAAACAAGAUUUCCUGCUCAAUUUUUUACCAAAACAUUUUGUAAUAUCAGACAAUUCCGACAACUUGCUGGAAUUGAUCUCACGAUUGAUGCAUGAAUAACCUGUAUAUAACCAUGGAAACUCAACCUUGUCCCAAGGGCUCAGUUGUACUUGCUUUCCAGGUUGUAUGACUGUUCCUUACAUGUUAAGCAAGUGACAACUUGGGACUAAGUUGAGAAUUCUGAUUGCAUUGUGGUCUUAAUCUGUCGGUUUUAAAGAAUGAAUAUCAAUUGGCAUAUUUUCUAUGUUCUGUACUAUAUUGCUGUUUUAUUUAUUAAGAAAUCUUUGCUUCGUGGUAAGUCUUAACUUUCCGAACAUUUACUAAUUCAGUUAAAUCUGUAGGUAUAGGUACUUAAUUUGCUUGUGUAUGACACAGUAUGGCAUCUGACAUAACAUGUACCCAGUGAUAAUAAUCUCAUCACUGAGUCAGUAUGUAUAUACUUCAGCCCAAAAAAAUUAUUUAUUAUUUUGCCUGAUCAUGAAGGUUGUGUUUCCUUUGACGCAGCCAAGCAGGUAGUGGCAUGUCACACAUAGGCCUAUUACAGGGACAAAUUAGGCGUUUUGUACUUGUUCCCCUGAGCCACCUAAAUUGUGUCUACAUAGUAUAUUCAUCUGCAGUAAACUGUCCAGGAGUGAAGGAAAAAAACUGUCAUCUUUUAGCCCCCUAAGCUGUGUAGGCUUUUUGCUGGAUGAGCAGUGUUACAUUUGAUAGCUUACUGCCGAUUGCCUCCGCUUGGCUUCCUAGUAAGUUGCCUUAUAUGCUUUUAAAAAUUAGGCUGCGCUAUUGUGCUUCUAAAGCACUCCCAUAAGUUUGUCAUUUACAUGUAGGCUUAGUUGGUGACCUAAACUCGGCAGAAUCAUUGUUUUUUUUGCAUUGUACAAUGUAAAUACAAUUUGACUAGCAUCGAAAAAUUUUGUGUACGAUGUAGCUUUGUGGUGAAGUACAUGUAGGGACAUUUCUAUCUAUAGAUAUAGGACCUAGUCGCAUGACAUUUUAAUGGAUUGUACGCAAGUAGUUGUGGGUGAUUUAACCGUGCUGCUGUUGCCUUGGUCAUUUCAAUGUAAUGCACCACAUAUCAAAGGAGCUGAAGUUGGGUUGUUUCAGGACAGCGUGACAAUACAUAGUAUAUGUGCUCCUCUUGUCAAGUUUUCUGGAAAACCUGAUCGUGAGUUGUACAUGGGGUAUAAUUCAGGAUGGAAUGAAGAUGAAAAUAUUCGGAUUGGAGGAAACUGAAGUCUUUAAGAGCUAUUGCAUUGAAGUGAAACUUGGUAACAUUUUACACUGCUUCAAUAAACAUAUAACCUAUUUGUAUCUUUUUUCACCAAAUAAGGCCAACUGGAAUCGAUUGUAUUUCAAUUGGUGGUCACAGAAGCUGACAUAAUAUGCUGUAGUCUUACUAAGUGCUACUAUCAUAGGAAAAUAUCAAUGCUUUGUCAUAAGAUCAGUUGUAUAAUAAGGAACCAUAAACAUUGUCACAAGCCAUUUAUAUAAAAUGGUUUUAUGAAUAGUUUGUAGAGAUUGUCACAUUCUGUAGUCAUUGCACAUUCAUCAUUACCGAUCAUUGCGCAAUCAUCACUGUAGAUUAUUGCGCAAUUGUCAUUGUAGAUUAUUACAUUAUCAAUCUGUCAUCAUUGUAUGUUUCCCCUUCAGUGUAUAUAAAUAUGGGAUGCAUUUAAGAUGUAAAUAUUGUACAGUAACGACUCGCCGUCUUCACGCAACCCCUUGGAAUAUUUGUAGCCGAACCUCACAAUGCUUUUAAUACCAUGAUUGUAAAUUAUUCAAAUCUGUACAUCGUGUGCUACGGGUCAAUUUUCAAGCACGUCUCAAAAUUAAAUCAAAUUAAAUUUUGAGAAAUGCUGCGUGCGUAUCUCGAAUACUUGAGGCUUGUGUGUCUCCAGAGUCAUGAACUUCAAAGCAUGCUUAAAAAUGUACCUCAGAUUUUGCGCAUGCUGACAUGUAUAUCUGCAGGGAAGCAUGUUUGAAAUGAAACACAUCAUAAUGUCGCCGUGACAACAGGACAUGUCUAAACGAGGCAUACUGGAACCAAACUCAUUAUGAGAAAAGUGAAAAAUUAACUGCGCAUGUGUACAUGAAAUAGGACAUGAAUAAAGCAGUGUACUAAAUGAUGGAUUGUUAAACGAGGUAUGCUGAGCUACAUAGCCAUCUCUCUUCGGUGAGGUGUAGAAUCCUCAAACAGUGAGGCGUACUGUGCAAAACGCAUUGAUCUUGCAAACCAUGUUAUAUACCAUGGCGAAACAAAUUUAACUUGUUGUUUGAAUUUGAAUUAUCAGAUGGAAUUAUUAGGAGUGUCCACAGCAGAGUGGUAAUGUUUAAAUGCUGAUUCAAAAUGACUGAGUUGGUGAGUGUAUGAUAUUUGAAGGUUAGCUCAGUUGUUAAUGAGAAGGGUAGAGAUUUUUCAGGGCGGCUCAGACCCCCUGAAGGAAGACAUUUGUUUGGCAAGGUCUCAGGGCCUUGUGGCUUGUAGCAUGGAUAUCUAAAGAGUACGUGAUGAAAAGGCCAGUGAUGGACCUAGAGCUUGGCUAGAUAGGAUUGUGGGAAAAUCCACAAAAAAAGCAAGGAGGGUGAACAAAACCCUAGGUUGGUAACAUUAACCGACAGGUAUUGAAAGAAGAUUUCAUUCCGACGAAAGAAUUGAAAAUCUAUGUAAUCGAGGUAAAUUGUUAUGAUAUCUUAAAGCUAGAUUUAUGCUGCAACAUAACCAGGAUUAAAAUCAACGAGUUUUAUCGUAAAACUUUGUUUGGAUAGAAAACUACAAAAGAAGCAGUAGAGUGGUGAUUCUGUGUGAAGUGAAAUUGAUGACGGUGCAGAGCUUCUGUAGCUCCUGAAGCCUUGAGGCUGGCACAUCAUGUGCUGUGGAUGGCACCUAACAUCACCACGGCAAGCACCUUGUGUGCUCAAACAGCCACUGAAUAGUAGGCUGCUGCCCAAACAGUCACAGAACUGUAUGAUUAUGACAAAAAGGCUGGAAUCUGUUCCGCCUGGCCCCAUAUGAACGCAUAAAAGCUAGUCCAUUUUGUAACCUAGAGAACCACUUGGAGAAAAUAACCGUGUGCACAAAAUUUGGUUCAAAAAAGAUGACUGGACGGCAGCACUUGAAUUUACAAAUAGAAGUUGUUUUGCCAGAAGUCCGUCGCUUAGCAAUGACUGCUAUACCCAGUGAGGUGCACCAAAUGCAAAAUAAUGUGUGACUGUGCAAAUGGUGAAGUAUUGUCUUGUGGGUACGUGCAAGUAUAUAAAGUAUAGGUGGCUGUGCUUAGGUAAAUGCUGCUCUAACUGGCUGGCUAUGCAACUGUGGAUUGAAACAAAUUCAAGCAGGUUAAGCUGAAGGUUAGGUGUUGUUAGGCAGUUAAAAAAGGUGCAACUCAUUUGGGAAUCUAACAAGCAUGCAUCAAGUUAGAGGAGAGGGUGACAUGCGCAAGGUUGAUAUUGUUGCUUACUCUAGGUUACAAGGGUAGUUAAAAUGGAUCAGGGACUAAGCCACGGCGUUGGAAACAUUGGCCCUGAAACUCGGUGAUUACGACAAAAUGAAGAAUUCUUUGCAGCUCCUCCAGAACCUUGUGAGGAGUCUUAGAAAUGCCCUCUGAAAACCUUGUACCCAUUAAAUGAGAGAAAUGUGGCUGAAAUCGUUAUGGUUGCCUUUCAAUGCCCCUGGGAGGCACCUGGCGUUAAAUAAAAACUUAAACAUUCCGAGGAAAUGGAUUAAGAUGAACCUGAGAAUAUGUCCAGGGAGUGACAUGGUUCAAAUAAGAGCCACAGGUCAAGGUUUGACGAGCGGUCCAGGGAGAAGUCCCCAGAAUGAAUUAGCAAGAUCGUGGUCCUCGCCAUAAGCAUCUGUGUAACUUAUAAUAUGGUAUGUGAAUGCCUACUUCAAUUUCUUUAAGAUUUUACAUUUUACUUUAUUUGCUGGUGUGGUCGUUAAUGCCCCGACGAUCAUGCUGGUACACUUCCGUUGACUUUAAACACGCACCGGUUGCCCCCUGGGAAGUGUUAAAAGUCGCGGUGUUCAAUUCACGUUUACACACAUUUGUCAACUGUAGUAUGAGUGAAUUUUUAAUAUGACGUUUUGAGUUCUAAAAGGAUGUUGAUAACACCUACAAAAUAUUGUCUUGGCAGAAUGGUGAACAUUUUGUUGACAGCCGUUCUACGGUUGUCUAGUUUGUCUCAAAGACACUAGGUGUCCUACCUUGUUUGGGAGGUUACAAUAUGAGAAAUCAACUCCUAUGUCCUGUUAGCUUGAUGUAGUUGAACCAGGAACAGUGUUGUCCGAGAUAAACUCAUUACGGUGAAA